AAUCCUUGAUGUUUAUGUUAUUUAUUGUUUCAUUUUUCAUUGAACAAUUUGACAGUAGUUUUCACUCCUUCCUCAACAAUUACAUCCUUGAUGUUUAUGUUAUUUAUUGUUUCAUUUUUCAUUGAACAAUUUGACACUAGUUUUCACUCCUCACUCAAAAUCAAUUAACCAUAUAACUUAUAACUUUUUUUCAACCAUACACAUAAAAUAUUGAAAUUCCACUUGUUACUCACACGAGUACAGAGAAUACUAAUUGUAUAAGAUUUUAUUUAAUAAAUAACAAUAUGCACUGUGCACACUGUAAUAGAUCAUUUAUUUCAAUUAAACUGUAUUCAAUGCAUUUUAAGAAAAACCAUCCAGGUAUGCAACGUUUUACAUGUUAUAACAAAAGUUGUGGUAGGGUUUUUUCAGUUCUUUAUAAACACAUUGCUCAUAUAAAAAGAAAUCAUGUUCUAGAUUUCACUUCUCCUCUUCCUAAAAUUGUUCCUUCUAUUAAUAAUCAAUUUGAUAAUUCCAUUCAAUAUGACGAAAUAGAAACUAAUUCAAAUUUUAUUUCUACACCACAAUUGAGUUCGGAAAAUGACGUUACUACAGAUUUACUUAAAGUUAUUCUGAAAACAUUAAAUGAUGACAGAAUUCCAAGAAGUACUGCCUUAGAAAUUUUCAAAAAUUUAUUUUCUUUUUACGAUAGAUACCUUUCCCUUGCUAUGGCCCAAAAUAAAAAUAAUGAAGAAAUAUAUCCUAUUUUAACUUCUCUUAUGAGUCCAAAAUACUUAAAAUCUGAAUUUUUAAUUUUGAAAAAACUAUCAAAUAUGAAUAUUUUGGUCAAUUUUCAUGAUAUUUUCCUUGGUUCUGAAUACCAACAAGUUUAUUCUGCAGAUAAUGAAAUUAAAAUCACUAAAUGCGAUUUUUUCUUGCAAAUAGUCGAUCUCAAUCAACUUUUUACUGUUUUUUUCACUCAAACACCUUUAUUGAAACUCAUUGAAGAGUAUAUAAAUCACUUACAAAAAUUGACUUAUACAAUAGUAAAUAUAACUCAGACACCUCUGUGGGAAAAGAAAAAAAGACAGUUUAAUCCAGAAAAUGACGUGUCAAUUUUUCUUAUACCCCUUCUUAUUUACUUUGAUGAUUUUGAAUAUCUUAAUCCCUUGGGCUCGCAUAGUGGAAUUCAAAAAAUUGGAGCUGUUUACAUUAAAAUUUUGAGUCUUCCAGAUAACAUUUCUUCGAAAUUAUCUCAUACUCUUUUAGCUAUGCUAUUUUUCACUGAAGAUAGAAAAAAAUUUGGUAAUACAACUAUUUUGAAACCUCUAAUUGAAUAUCUUAAUAGUUUGCAAAAUAUAGGACUGAACAUCAGUUAUAAGAAUUUUAAGAUAAUUAAAUUAAUUCCAUGCUUGAUAACUGGUGAUAAUUUAGGAUUGAAUUCUCUAUUGGGAUUUACAGAAUCUUUCAAUUCCUUACACUAUUGUCGGUUUUGCAGGUGCUCAAAAGAAAAUAUGAAAAGCUUACUAAUUGAAGAUGGGACACAUUUAAGAAAUGAAUCUAAUUAUGAUGAAGAUAUAAAUAUAGGUAAUGCAAAGAUUACCGGUAUCAAGGAAAACUCAAUUUGGAAUUCAUUGAACAAUUUUCAUGUUGUUGAUAACUUGAGUGCGGAUUGUAUGCAUGACUUGUUGGAAGGAGUUUGUCAUUAUGACCUUAGUAUUAUUUUGAAGUCCUUCAUCUUAAAAUAUAAAUAUUUUUCUUUGCCACAGCUAAACAGGCGAAUAGAAAUAUUUAACUUUGGUUCGGUAACCCAAAAACCACCUCUCUUUAAUUCAGACAGCCUUUCCAAAAAUAAAUUCAAACUUUCGGCAUCAGAGAUGUAUAUUAUAAUCACACAUUUAUCACUUUUAGUUGGAGAUUUAGUUGAAAAUUCAUGUCCUGAAUGGAAGCUUUAUCUAUUGUUAAGAGAAAUAAUUCUAUUUGUUUUUAGGAAGAGGCAUCACAUUCAUUCAACUGAAUAUUUAAAAAAAAUUAUAGCUGACCACAAUUCUUUGUAUAUAUUAAUAUCAGAGAGUCAUUUGAAACCAAAAUUCCACUUUCUAUUGCACUAUCCAAGAAUUGUACAAAAUAUUGGUCCAAUCGUAGCAGUUAAUUCGAUGCGUUUCGAGGCCAAACACCAAACUUUCAAAAAGUGUGGUUAUAUUUCAAAUAAUAGAAUAAAUAUACUCAAAACGAUGAACGUUAAGCAUCAGUAUAAAAUUUCGAAUUUAAUAUUGAAUUAUAACGAACUUUGCUUGAAUUUUUACAAUCAUGGACAAACUUUUCAGUUAAAAUCAGCUGAAUUUUUUAAAUUUAAUUUCAAAUCAUCUGAACGAGAAAAUAUUUUGAAAGUUUCAUGGCUAAACCAUAAAGGCGUAUUAUUUAAAGAAAAAUUGGUUGUAUGCAUUGGACUAUAUGAAAAUAAUGACCCUGUUUUUCGCUUAAUUGAACACAUAGUGAAAGUGAAAACAUCAUUUUACCUUUGUUUAUCAUAUAUAGAGACUAUAUGUUUUGACAAUCAUUAUUUUGCUUACAAAAUUAAAGCAAAUAGUUCAUUUUCAGUUUUUGAUCUAGAUAGUCUGCAAUAUGUUCAUACUUCUUCUUUAUCAAUGUCUAAUAAUGGUGAUUUGUUUGUUAUUUGGGAUUUUUAAACAUUGCAUUCACUCUUAUUCCGAUAGGCGUAUAACGCCACAAUCACGACAAUAUAAACUUUUGUAUUCAUACCUUAUAUUUAUGUAUGAAAUCAUAACCAACACAAUUUCCAUUAUUAGCAGAACCAUUUGUUACGAAACCCAAAUCACCCUUAUGCAUUUUUACAUUAUUUUAUCCUAAAUAAACACAAACCCUUAUAUUAAUUAUAUUAUUAUUAUUAAUUAUAUUAUUAUUAUUAAUUAU